AUGACAUCGAAUACAAGCAGCGUAUCCUUUACCGUCUCUAAUAAAGGCAAUCCUCUGCUAAUUUUAAACGAUUUUGUAUAUCGAGUAAAAAAAGAAACAGUAUUAAAAAAAUAUUGGAUUUGCGGAAUAAAUGGAUGUAAUGCGUAUAUACAUACAAAUAUACAGAACGCUUUUUUGAAAUCAAGUGGUGAACAUAACCAUUUAUCAGAUCCAGAAGCUCUCGAAAUCAAAUUAUUUCGAGACAAGUUGAAACAAAGAGCUGUACAUGAAACAACAGCUAUAUCAAAGAUAUACGAGGAAGAAGUAGUUAAAUCUCAAUUUUCAAUACAAGUGUUGGCAAAUCUACCUUUAGCACGUGAAAUACAACCGGGAUUGACACAUGCUCGACGACUAUUGACACCUGUUUUACCUUUGUCUUCACUAUUUGACAUUCCUGAUUCUUAUCAAAUUACAUUAAAAUACGAAACUUUUUUAUUCUCUGAUUCACUACUUGAUAGAAGGAAAAGAAUGUUACUAUUUGGUAGUGUAACACAACUGGAAAUUUUAUUCGAUAGUUCCACUAUCUUGAUGGAUGGCACAUUUAGUACUACACCUCCAUUUUUCGACCAAGUUUUUACUAUACAUGCUUUGAAAUACGAAACAAGUAAUAGAACAUUACUUUGUUUAUCUAAAUCAUUAUUAUAUUUCCUAUGUUUCCCUUGUAUAUUUGGUGUCCUUCCAGAUCGAAAAAGAACUACUUAUCAACACUUGUUCAAAAUUUUAAAGGGUUUAGCUGUAUCAAUGAAUCGUACAUUUAAACCAGCUCGUGUUAUGAGCGAUUAUGAAGCUAGUAUUAUUACAGCUGUGGUUAACGAAUUUUCUCAAGCAAUUCAUAGUGGGUGUUCUUUUCACUUCACCCAAGCGAUUUAUCGGCGCAUACAAAGUUUAGGCUUGAUAACAUCUUAUUCACAAGAUAGUGAUAUUCGAAUAUGUUGCCGUAAACUUAUGGCAUUGGCUUUAUUACCAAUCGAUCAAAUCGAAACAUCAUUCUAUAAUUUACGCACAAAAUCAUCAGCAGCAGUGAAGCAAGAAUUACAUCAACUGUUUCUUUAUUUCAAUCAUCAAUGGAUCACGAAUGUACCAAUGAAAAUGUGGAGUGUUCAUGGAUAUCAACAUAGAACAAACAACAACUGCGAGGGCUUUCACAAUCGUUUAAAUCAAAGAAUUCUAAAAGCUCAUCCUAAUAUAUGGACCUUCAUCAAAUGUAUUCAAAAUGAAGAAAAUCGAUUUCGACACCUACUUCUUCAAAUGAAUGCUGGGGCUCAAGCUCGGAAAAAAACCGCUGCCACUAGUUUCAUUCAAAAACGUAUCGAUACAUUAAAUGAAAGAUACAAAAAUGGUGAAAUCGAUGUUGAUCAACUAUUAGAUGGCUUCUCGCUCACCAUAGCCAAACAAAAGAAAUAA